AUGAGCUCCAGCCAGCCAGGGACCUGCCCAUGCCAGGGUGCUGCAGGCCGCCCAGCCAUUCUAUAUGCACUUCUGAGCCCCAGCCUCAGGGCCAGGCCCUCUGUGGCCCCAGCCCGUGGCCACUGCCUGUGCAGGCAGCACCGGCCUGUCCAGCUGUGUGCUCCCAAUCGCACCUGCCAGGAGGCCUUGGAUGUUCUGGCCAAGACAGUGGUCUUCCUCAGGAACCUGCCAUCCUUCUGCCAGCUGCACCCCCAGGAUCAGCGGCGGCUGCUGCGGGGCUGCUGGGGCCCUCUCUUCCUGCUUGGGUUGGCCCAAGACACUGUGACCUUCGAGGUGGCUGAAGCCCCGGUUCCCAGUAUACUCAAGAAGAUCCUGCUGGAGGAGCCCAACAGGAGUGCAGGCAGUGCCCAGCCGCCUGAUCGGCCCCAGCCCUCUCUGGCUGCAGUGCAGUGGCUUCAGUAUUGCCUGGAGUCCUUCUGGAGCCUGGAGCUGGGCCCCAAGGAAUAUGCCUACCUGAAAGGGACCAUCCUCUUCAACCCUGACGUGCCAGGCCUCCACGCCACCUCCCACGUCGGGCACCUGCAGCAGGAGGCUCAUCAGGCGUUGUGUGAGGUCCUGGAGCCCAGGUGCCCAGCAGGCCAAGGCCGCCUGGCCCGUGUCCUCCUCACAGCCUCCAGCCUCAAGUCCAUUCCGCCCAGCCUGCUUGGGGACCUCUUCUUUCGCCCUGUCAUUGGAGACAUUGACAUAGCUGGCCUCCUCGAGGACAUGCUUUUGCUGAGCCAACCUGCUCCAGCCCAAGCAGAGAUCAGGUGUAGGGUGUGCAGAGGCUGGCAGCACUGAUUUGGCCUGGCUGCCUGUCCCCAGGGGUGACCCAGUGCUCCCAGAGGAUGCAAACCUGUACAGACAGCACUUGGCUCCUGAAGAGCAAGCUGGCCCUGGCCCAGCCACACCCCAUGUUGGCCUUCCUUGGUUUGGACACUGCUCCAGCUGUCUGGCCGGCCCUUGGUGGUCCCAGAGCCUCUGGGCCAAAACUCCUGUCCCCUCCUGGGAUGGGGAUGAAAGCUUAGUCUGCUCAUUG